AUGUUUUCUAUUUCAUUUCAUUCUUUGUUCCAAUCCCAUUUGCGAGAACUGUUUUCUUAUCUAUCUAUCUAUCUAUCUAUCUAUCUAUCUAUCUAUCUAUCUAUCUAUCUUGUUCCGCAUUUCAUUAAAACUCUCUCUCUCUUCUUCUUCUUUCCCUUUAUCUUUCUUCCCCCGCUCUCUCUUUCUCAGUUUCUCUCUCACUUGAUCUGCAUUUCGUUAAAUCUAUCUCUCUUUCUUUCCCUCUCACUCCUUCUUUCCCUCUCUCUCCUUCUUUCCCUCUCUCUCCUUCUUCCUCUCUCUCUCCUUCUUUCACUCUCUCCUUCUUUCUCUCUCUAUCUUUCGUAUCUUUCAUAUCUCUUCUCUUUCUCUCUUUGUCGUUAUUCUCAUCUUCUUUUUCGUUCUUUUUUUAUCACCCCUCUUUCAAGAUCUUAUUUUCUCUCACUCUCACUUUUUCUCUCUCUCUCUCUCUUUCUAUCUGGUUAUUAUUUAUUUUCUCGCUUAAUUUCCCUCUUUUCUAAAACUAGCCUCUCUCUCUCACCCCCCCUCUCUCUCUUUCUCUCUCUGUAUAUCUAUUUAUAUCUUCCUUCUCGUUCUUUUAUACACAUUCUUUUAUAUCUGGUCUCAGUCUUCUAUAUUACAAUCUGUCUCUCUCUCUCUCUCUCUCUCUCUCUCUCUCAUUGCACUCAUCUUACUUUUCGUUCUUUUUAUCCACCUUUUCUCUUUCUUUCUUUCUUUCUUUUUUUCUUUCUUUCAAUUCUCUUAUUCUUAUGUACCUCCUCAUUCUCUUUUAUAUACUCUCUUCUUUUCUUCCCCUCUUUUCUGUUUCUAUCUAUCUAUCUAUCUAUCUAUCUAUCUAUCUAUCUAUCUAUCUAUCUAUCUAUCUAUCUAUAUCUCUCUCUCUCUCUCUAUAUAUAUAUAUAUAUGAAUUACGAUAUUUAUCUAUUCAGCUAUCUAGCUGUCUGA